AUGAAUAACGUUCUAGAACCGGGGAUGGGACACAGCCACAGCCGCCAUCAACACACAGGAGGCAGAGCGAACAAAGCUGCUGUUGCCUACGUGGAGGCUUCCAAAGCUCGUAUCGGCCAGUAUGAGAAGGAGCUGGAGAAGUUCCAGAACAUGAUUCCCUUCGACCAGAUGACCAUCGAUGAUCUGAACGACACGUUCCCUGAGACCAAGUUGGACAAGGAGAAGCACCCGUACUGGCCCCACAAGCCCAUCGCUGAGCUGUAAACUGGCCCCACAAGCCCAUCGCUGAGCUGUAAACUGGCCCCCAGCGCUGUCUAGAUAAUAUUCGACUUUCCUCUGAUGAAAGGUUGUAUAGUGUCCUAUGUAUAAAGUCAAGUCCUGUUUCAUCUACAAAGACAGUUUGUGAAAUAACUGCUUAUUGUUAUUGAGCAACUGAGUAACAACUGAGUAAGGUCAUCUGGUCCUUUGAAUGGAAAUAAACAUUUAUGGAAAUUGAA